AUGAAUGAUCAGGGUAUACUUUCAGGAACAAACCAAAUACAUUUGAGCAGUUUCACAAUGUCUCGGGCAGAAUGGUCUUUAGCCAAGUUUCUUGUGGAGAACCUCACACAAACUCAGAUCAAGAGAUUCCUCACUUUGCCCUGGUUCCAUGAUAAUCCCCGGCCAUCCUUUACUUCAGUAGAAGAAUUGCUCAGGUGGAUGGAUACCCUUCCCUCAGGGCCAAAGUGGUGGAGUACUGUUCUAGAAGUCGAAGGUUGCAAAACAACUGAUUCUAUACAGCUGAUUUGGCAUGAUGCAGAGGAGGUAGCAAGGUCCUUGUUUGGAAACCCUAUCUUUGGUGCCAAUAUGAUGUUUGACCCUAUUCUGAUCACCAAUGCUCUUGGAUGGGAGUACAGUGAAUGGUUCUUGGUGCAUGAAGCCCAUUGCAUCCAAGAUUCCCUUCCAGAGGGUGCCAUAAUCGUACCUAUUCUCACUGCAUCUGACAAGACUCCUGUGACAAGGAUGACUGGAGGACUAGAAAUGCAUCCCCUCUUAAUCAGUAUCAGCAAUAUUCCAGGGAACAUCCACAUGGCAGCCACCUCACAUUCAUGCUGA